AUGUCCUCUUCCAUCCCACAAGCUUUAUGGAACGCCCGGAUUCCGCUGCACAUAACCCAUCCAGCCUCACCGACAACGCCUUUCAUCACUAGUAUUCCGCGCUUCAGCUACCUGGCUCUUCUCAUCCCAAGACUGUCGGUUUUCUUCAACUCGCCCUGCUCCAGUUUCCACUUUGAAGAUGUACAGUUGAGGAACCUGGCUGUGGGAUUGCUGGUAGACCUGUAUCAACCCCGCCUGCCGUGGAGGUUGACCGUGAAUGAUGGAGUGGGCUGGGAUAUUGCGGAUACUUUUCUCAACUGCGUGAAGGAGGCUGACUUCAUCCGCAAUGGCAAUGCAAACCAAAUCAUGAAAAUGUCAAAAGACAACACCACCCAACUUUGGAACGCCGUCAUAGACAAUGACCAAACGUCCUUCAACCGUAUCAAUAACCAUCUACUCAACGCACCAACAGCACUCAAACAUGUCCCCAUUCGCGUCUACAUCCCUACCACCGCCUCGGACUCAUCGUCACAAGCGUCUUCCGAGCAGGCCACCUUCAAAGUCAUCCAGUCUCUUGUCCCAGCGACAGGUUCAGACCGCCGCCCUAAAAUCCUGGGCCAGGCUCUCAAAGAGAUGUUGCCAGGGCUAUUCCCAAGCAGCCGAGAUCCUAUUCUCGCCAAGGUGGUGAUGCACGGAGCUGGGGUACCAUUUGAUGCACCCUUAGAGGAGCUGAUGCGGGAAGCCUCAUACCCCGACGGAUGGAUAUGCCUGGUUGUUAUUGUGCUGUGA